GGCGGCGCGCGCCUGGCUGGGCCCUGCGGAGCGGGAGGGACUGAGCGAAGGAGUGAGCGGAGCGGCCGUCGCCCGAGCGGAGCUGAGCAGCCAGCCCGCCUGCCCGCCGCCCUCCAGCCCGCGCUCCAGUCCGCAGUGUCUAGCAGCGGGGCCCAGCAUGGUCAUGGCGGAUGGCCCGAGGCACUUGCAGCGCGGGCCGGUCCGGGUGGGGUUCUACGAAAUCGAGGGCACGCUGGGCAAAGGCAACUUCGCCGUGGUGAAGCUGGGGCGACACCGGAUCACCAGGACGGAGGUGGCGAUAAAAAUAAUAGAUAAAUCUCAGCUGGAUGCAGUGAACCUUGAGAAAAUCUACCGAGAAGUACAAAUAAUGAAAAUGUUAGACCACCCUCACAUAAUCAAACUUUAUCAGGUAAUGGAGACCAAAAGCAUGUUGUACCUUGUGACAGAAUAUGCCAAAAAUGGAGAAAUUUUUGACUACCUUGCUAAUCACGGCCGGUUAAAUGAGUCUGAGGCGAGGCGCAAAUUCUGGCAAAUCCUGUCUGCUGUUGAUUACUGUCACGGUCGGAAGAUUGUGCACCGUGACCUCAAGGCUGAAAAUCUCCUGCUGGAUAACAACAUGAAUAUCAAAAUAGCAGAUUUCGGUUUUGGAAAUUUCUUUAAAAGUGGUGAACUGCUGGCAACAUGGUGUGGCAGCCCCCCUUAUGCAGCCCCAGAAGUCUUUGAAGGGCAGCAGUAUGAAGGACCACAGCUGGAUAUUUGGAGCAUGGGAGUUGUUCUUUACGUCCUUGUCUGUGGAGCUCUACCUUUUGAUGGACCGACUCUUCCAAUUUUGAGGCAGAGAGUGUUAGAAGGAAGAUUCCGGAUUCCGUAUUUCAUGUCAGAAGAUUGUGAGCACCUUAUUCGAAGGAUGUUGGUCCUAGACCCGUCCAAACGGCUAACCAUAGCUCAAAUCAAGGAGCAUAAGUGGAUGCUCGUAGAAGUUCCUGUACAGAGACCUGUUCUCUAUCCACAAGGGCAAGAAAAUGAGCCAUCCAUUGGGGAGUUUAAUGAACAGGUUCUGCGAUUGAUGCACGGCCUUGGAAUAGAUCAACAGAAAACCAUUGAGGCUUUGCAGAACAAGAGCUAUAACCACUUUGCUGCCAUCUAUUACUUGUUGGUGGAGCGUCUGAAAUCACAUAGGAGCAGUUUUCCUGUGGAGCAGAGACUUGAUGCCCGCCAGCGUCGGCCUAGCACCAUCGCCGAACAAACAGUUGCCAAGACACAAACUGUGGGACUCCCAGUGACGGUGCAUUCACCAAACGUGCGAGCGAUGCGAUCUGCCCUCCUGCCUCAGGCAUCCAAUGUGGACGCCUUCACGUUUCCAGCAUCCGGCUGUCAGGCGGAAGCAGCGUUCAUGGAGGAAGAGUGUGUCGACACUCCAAAGGUAAAUGGCUGUCUCCUGGACCCUGUGCCUCCCGUCCUGGCGAGGAAGGGGUGCCAGUCACUGCCCAGCGACGUGAUGGAGACCUCCAUUGAUGAAGGGCUGGAGACAGAAGGAGAGGCCGAGGAAGACCCCGGGCGGGCCCUGGGAGCCUUGCAGUCCACACGUGGCGGGCAGAGGCGGCACACUCUGUCGGAAGUGACCAAUCAGCUGGCCGUGAUGCCUGGUUCAGGUACGCUUUCCAGGAAAAUUUUCUCCGUGCGUGACAACCCCUCCCUUGACAGUGUGGACUCAGAGUAUGAUAUGGGGUCUGUUCAGAGGGACCUGCACUUUCUUGAGGACAAGCCUUCCCUUAAGGACAUCAUGUUAGCCCAUCAGCCCUCACCCCGCAUGACGUCUCCGUUCGUGAGCCUGAGGCCUGCCAACCCCACCAUGCAGGCUCUGAGCUCCCAGAAACGAGAGGCCCACAACAGGUCUCCAGUGAGCUUCAGAGAGGGCCGCCGGGCAUCAGACACUUCCCUCACCCAAGGAAUUGUAGCAUUUAGACAACACCUUCAGAAUCUGGCUAGAACCAAAGGAAUCCUAGAGUUGAACAAGGUGCAGUUGCUCUAUGAGCAAAUAGGAUCAGAGGCAGACCCUAACCUGGCAUCACCUGCUCCUCAGCUCCAAGACCUGGGUAGCAGUUGCCCUCAGGAAGAAGCUCCUCCUCAGCAGAAGAGCGUGUCUGCGCUCCCGGGCAGCGCGCACCCGCAGCUCUCCCAGCGGCACAGCCUGGAGGCCCAGUACCUGCAGCACAGACUCCAGAAGCCCAGCCUUCUGUCAAAAGCCCAGAACACCUGUCAGCUUUAUUGUAAAGAACCACCACGGAGCCUUGAACAGCAGCUGCAAGAACACAGAAUGGCUUGUCCUAUCAGCAGAUGAAUGCGUUAAGCACAAAGCAUCUUCCUUAAAGCACAAAGAAGAGAGAUACUACACUGAUGCUGCAUCUAGAAAACACCUUUAAGUUGCCUUUCCUCUCUGUAGUACGUGUCCAGGCAGGUGGGGAGAAACAUGGAAGGUCUAGGAGUUCUGUCCUGGCUCCUCUUGGUGCCAGGACGCUCCACAGAGGCCCUCUGCUUGGGGUUGGAGUCUGGGUGUGAGCAAGGAAGGGUGGUGUGGAGGACUCAUUUUUGUGAUUUGACAACACGCAGUGAAAACCCAGGAAGAAAGAAUUAGGUUCCUUCUGCGGAUUGUUAUUCCUCCUCAUGCUUAAGUUUGAUGAUUUCAUGAAAUAGACAACAUCAUUUCAUUUAAGAGAUCCUUUCAUUAAGAUCUCUAAUCUGUUUUAAGUCUUUGCAAAAUAAGGCAGUUAUAAAACAGGGCUUGAUUUGUUUAGACUGAAGGAUGUAUUCCCAAAAUGUUCUACAGAAGCGCUAUAAUAUUUAUGAAAGUAAAAUGCCUUCCAGAUUGAAAACGGGGGCCGCUCAUUUCAGAGUCCCCGGAAUGGCAGAGUCACAGAUCGGCAUAGAUGCCUGUCCCCCACAGGGCCAUGAGCCACUGAGCCCAGGAAAGCCGGGAGCUACGGCAGGACGACUGGGCUGACAGAUGAGGCGGGAGAGGCCCCGGGAGGGUCGAGGCCCCAGAGGUAGACACUGGGGAGCACCCAGCCGUGGCCGGGUCUGUGCAGACUGAAGACAGUGGGGUGAAUAGCAUGACCCACCCUGCUGGACUAUGUUGUUAGCUCCUGUUUGCUUUUCUCAUUUAUUUCAAGCAGAAAUCAAUAAAUUCCAUAACAAUCUGUAUUUGCUGAAACGUAAGCUGGCGAGAGGAGACUGGUGCCGUCCGUCAGUCAGGUGUUUUCCCAGCCCCGUCUGACCAUCGCCGUUGCUCUGUCCCCCGACUAGUGAGCGACCUAUGUGAGCCUCCAAGCAGUUUUCUCUUCACAGAUACUAAAGUAACACUACGAAGGCUUAGUACUAGAGGUACUUUGAAAUAAUGACUUUCUUUCCAGUCUGUUUCACGUUAGCAGUGUGUACACUACUGUAUAAUAACCAUUAGCUUUAUUAUCUUGUAAACCAGGCUCCUCUGAAGAGACUUUGGUGAGAUGAACGUGAGGUAAAAAUUUCAUUCAGCAAAAAGUGCAAUAUGUGUGGUACUCUAUUUUUUGUUUAUGCUUUUUUUUGUUUGUUUUUUUUUAAUCCAGGGCUAUUAGUCUCUGCUUUGGGGAAAAUGCACUAGCUCUGCAAUUUCCAGCUGGGCGAGUGUGUCUCUAGUAUGUCCAUGCAGCCGAUAUGCUGGUCCCUGUAAGGCAAACAGCACGUUAGCGCAGCAGAGGGUGGAUGUUCCACUUGAAACUGGUGAGCUGCGCAGACUGUCCCCCGCCCAGGCCUGCCCCACCCAGGCCUGCCCCGCCCUCCUGCUGCCCCGCCCGGGCCGGCCCCGCCCAGCCCUGCCCCGCUCUCCUGCUGCCCGGGGAACACAGAGGAGGACCCUCCAACCUCCACGUAAGGGGAAACACCUGGGGCCCACCAAGGAGGACUAGGAGGUGGAACUAAAGGACUCCUGCCUUUCUGCAUCAAACUUUGCCUCCAAGGAAAGAGAAAGUCAGAGUCCCUUUCUUCCUCAGAGUGUUGAAGCUGUGUCCUGAGUCAGUCCGGCGUGACAGGCAGGAGCCCGUGAUCGGGACUAAAGGCAGCCCUCACCCCAGAGUAAUGGGGGGCCUGUGCCCUUAUGGGGAGGGAGGGGACCGCCUCGUGUGAGUGUCGCCCCCAGCCGACGAAAGGCCUCUGCAGAAGGGACUCGUGGUGGCGCUGGCCUCUUCCUCUCUGCCUGAAAGGGGGGUUCUCAGAGAAAUGAGUUCUGCCUAAUUGUUAGAGUCGGGAAGAAGGGUGUGUUCACAGCCCAAGAGUGACUGGCUGGCCAACGAGAAACUAAAGAAAGGUGAAAAGCUGCAGCCCCCACUCUGGCUGCUCGGGGGUCCAGGUGCACGGUGGUCAGAGCAGCCCCUGCUCAGGUGCGGGCGGUGCACACACGUGGACCUGAGGAAAUGAAUGGUUUCCUUUGCCGGGUCCUCCCAGCUGCAGUCAGGCCCCAAGUAAAUACUGGCUUCUGCGUUGGGGUCAGAAUUUCUAGCCCUGGAUUACAUUUAAAAGCCUGUAUCAGCAGUUACACUUAAGCUCCCUGUUGGCUUAAGGAAAAUCUCACUCUAGAUAAGUUUUCACAUUCGUCCUCCUUUGAGACAAUUCGUAGGGUCAUUGGAUGACACUGGUCCCAGUGAACAGUUGCAGAACCCCUGUGCCGGGUCUCACCUUGGCUGCAUGUGUACCCCUAAGCUGGACUGCCUCAACUGCCUUCUCGGAAGCCACCAAGCCGCUCAGUCUCUUUGUGCCUAGACAUCAAAGGUAAAAACUGGAGAACAGGUAGUAAGUUGGAGUCAUUGUAUAGGCAGGGAUCUUUGAUCGUUUUGUUGCUUCUGGAAAUUUUUCCAGAACUUAUCUUCAGAGUGAUGUGUGGAAGACAAGCGCAGUAUCAUCUGCCUCUCUUUCUAAACUGGACAAAACAAAUGAUAACAAAUGUACGUAUCCCUUCUGACAGGUUCGCUGGUUUGUUCCUCCCUGGCGUGUGGUCCCAGGGAAGAGACUAAUUAUAGAGCUCUUUGUGUCUGUCAGCCUGCAGCCCCUGGAAGGCACGAGAUGACCUCAGGCUGGCCUUCCACAGCCCCUCUUGCACCCCGAGUCCCUGGUCUCACAGUGCUCCUCACAUCUUUGUUUCACCAUUUUUCCCCGUGAAGGUAGCCUGGCUGAUUCCAGAAGACUCACAGCCGCCCUGGUUAUACCACCAUCUUGUCCACAUCUGGGCAGAUUUCAACACAUUUGGCAGAAUGGGGCACCUACUGUUGUAGAGAUUGAGACAUAGGCAGCAGCACAGCCCACAGCCAGUGAUGAUAGGUUUGAUGGUUCCUGCCCAAGCACUCAGCUUGUCUGUCCAAAAGGAGCAGUAGCUUCUGUCUGUACAUUAAUUUACCAAGCACUUUCACGAGUAAUCUUUUCUAACGCUCACAACAAUACUAUGGAGUUGUUAGUUGAGCGGAUAGUCCUCAUGUUUUACGGCUGAGGAAACCAGAGCUCUGGGAAGGCUAUGUGACUUGUCCAAGCCACAGAGCCCGUGAGUGGCGGAGGCGGGACGGGCUUCUGGGUGUUCUGGCUUCUCACUCCACGCUCUUCCCUCCUGGGUAGCAGCUGACUCUUCUCAUGAGCAAACAGCUGUAUAAACAAAGCCCCCACCUCGGUUAAGCACUGGGUGAAUGUGACAUUGUCCCCGAAACCUUACUCCCACUUGACAGCCGCCUGGCUCUGGGGGAAGAGUUGCCCUCCAGGUAACAGCUGUAGUCGUCCAGGUGGCCCUGCAUGAACAAGGCCAAGGGAGACACAGACCCCGCAGAUCACCAUCUUUCCAGUGUCCAAUUAACUACAGAAGUUCAGGUUCACAUCACAGAUGUCUCAUUUCUCCACCUCACACAAUAUAGUAACUCCCUGCCAAAGUAUAUGACGGGACACACCCUUUCUUGAUUGCCAAGGGGCCAAAUUGCACUGCUUCGGCCCACCAUCGCAGACCAACAGACUCAACCCCAAGAAAGGGUGCUGCUCAGAGAAGAAUCAGGAGCUCAGCCCAGUCCUGAGGAGGGGGAUAAAGUAUCUUUACAGUUAAGGCCCAUCAAGUAGAAGUGCUGAUCAAGCACUUUUAGGGUUAAAAAAAUAACAUACUUUGAAUACUUUUGUCUUCAGAGGCAAAGUGGGUGGGUUAGGGAGGAGCUUUAAAAAUAGAAGUACAAAAUAACAUCCUGGAAAAAUAUGACCCCAGAUUGGAAUAAUGUUAUAUUAGCAAAUACAGAUAACAGGGACUUGCCACUGGCUGUGUGAUGCCUAUCUAUCUGUUCAAGAUUUGCUCAAUCAAGGAAAUACACGUGGUGAUACUGUCCCACUACUGAUGGCGAAAGAAAUCUGCCUCCACCAAAAUCUCUGAAGGAAAAAGAACCAGAGAGAAAAGGAGGUUUGCUUCUCUUUGGGGAUUGCAAUUUAGGAAGUAAAAUUGAUACAGAGAUAUUUGCACUUUGUAGAAAGGGCAAGAUUAUUUGCUUAUUUCUGAAGGGAGGAGGGUGGUCUUUGCUGGAUGUUUGGUUUGUGAAAGAGUUACUUUUGAUUAAAUUAAUCUAAUUGUAGUUUUUUUUUUCUGUGUGCUUUUUUUUUUUAAUUACUAAGAAAAUGGUGAGUUCAAUAGCUUUGGUAUUUUGAGUGCAAAUCAUAAUAGCUCCAAUGUGAAAAAAAUCAAAAUGUAACCUGUCACUCAAUGUUAGAAAAUUGCUUAAAAUGCAGUUUAAUAAAUGAUCUUUGUAUCAAACGUAAUUUAAAUGGGGUACUUUUCUGCAAGGAAAAUGUACUGUUUUUACGUUUCCAACCCUCUUGAAUUAAUCAAAAUAAAAACAACUUGUUUUCUAA